AACACGUAUUCCACAAAUUAUAACACAAUUUUUAAAUAAAUUCAUGUCACGAAUUGGCAUAAAUGGUUUCGGUCGCAUUGGCCGCAUAUUUUUAAGGCGUUGUUUGAAAAAAGAUGCCUGUGUCUUGGCCAUAAACGAUCCUAUGAUUAAUUUGGACUACAUGGCUUAUCUGUUAAAACAUGAUUCCACACAUGGACGUCUGAAUGCCUCCAUAUGUGCGGAUGAUAAACAUCUUAUAGUAGAUGGUAGGAAAAUACGAAUAUUCAACGAAAAGGAACCCGCAAAGAUUCCAUGGUCUGAUGCAGCUGUAGAAUAUGUGGUAGAAGCUACUGGCAAAUUUCUAACUAUAGAAACUGCGGGUAAACAUAUAAAGGGUUCGGUAAAGAAAGUGAUUAUCUCAGCACCCUCUAAAGACGCUCCAAUGUUUGUGUGUGGUGUUAAUUUGGAUAAAUACAAGCCAGAUAUGAGUGUAGUUUCAAAUGCCUCUUGCACCACCAAUGGUUUAGCCCCCUUGGCCAAAGUGUUACAUGAAAAAUUCGGUAUUGUUGAGGGUUUAAUGACCACAUGUCAUGCUCUUACUGCUACUCAAGCUACUGUGGAUGCGGCAAACAAAAAUUGGCGCAGUGGCCGUGGAGCUCUACAAAACAUUAUACCAGCUUCAACGGGUGCUGCCCAAGCGGUGGGAAAAGUUAUACCCGAAUUAAAUGGUAAAUUAACUGGCAUGGCUUUUCGUGUUCCAAUAGCUAAUGUAUCGGUGGUUGAUUUGACGGUGCGCAUAAAUAAACCAGCCAAAGCAGAGGUCUUAAAACAGGCAAUAAAAGCUGCUGCCGAAGGUCCUCUUAAGGGUAUACUCGGUUACACGGAAGAUGAUGUAGUUUCUUCAGAUUUUAACACGUAUUCCAUAUCCUCGGUAUUUGAUGCAAAAGCUAGCAUUUCUUUAAAUGAAAAUUUUCAUAAACUUAUUGCUUGGUACGACAAUGAAUAUGGUUAUUGUUGUCGUUUAUAUGAUUUAUUAGUACACAUGCAAGAAGUCGGCGGUAAAUGUAAUUAAUUAUUUUUUUUAUUUAUGUUAUAAUGAAGUUAUUUUACUUAAAAAUACAUAUGUAU